CCCAAGCUGUGACGCUGGCAGAGACGGCGCCUCGCGGGCUUCCACGUAAGCACUCCAACGCCUCUCCCUACUCUCCCUGGAGGACAAUACAUCCGGGUCGCUGGAGCAGGUACCUCAAGCCCCGCCCCUUCCCGUCAGGCACUCACCCCCCACUUCCGACCAACUGAGGCCUUUCCUGCUUCUCUGCUUAGUGGUCCCGGCCCGUAGCUACCCAGCUCCUCAGCGCCCCGAACCCGAACCCGGCGGCUCGCCCUCAUUCCGAAUCUCUCCGAGUCUCGGAGCUGCUGUGCCGAGCGUUUUCGCGGAGCGGCCCGGGCUGAGGCCUGUGGCGCGCGCUGAGUCCGCGCAGACCUGACGCGGCGUCUCCUCGUAGCUCCCUUGAGGCCGAGGCCGCCGCCGCUGUCUCAGGAUGGCGCGGCCGGGGUCCGCGCAGCGCUGGGCGGCCGCCGCGGGCCGUUGGGGCUGCAGGCUGCUCGCGUUGCUGCUGCUGGUGCCAGGGCCAGGCGGCGCCUCUGAGAUCACCUUCGAGCUGCCAGACAACGCCAAGCAGUGCUUCUACGAGGACAUCGCUCAGGGCACCAAGUGCACCCUCGAGUUCCAGGUGAUUACUGGUGGUCACUAUGAUGUAGAUUGUCGAUUAGAAGAUCCUGAUGGUAAAGUGUUAUACAAAGAGAUGAAGAAACAGUAUGAUAGUUUUACCUUCACAGCCUCCAGAAAUGGGACAUACAAAUUUUGCUUCAGCAAUGAAUUUUCUACUUUCACACAUAAAACUGUAUAUUUUGAUUUUCAAGUUGGAGAAGACCCACCUUUGUUUCCUAGUGAGAACCGAGUCAGUGCUCUUACCCAGAUGGAAUCUGCCUGUGUUUCAAUUCAUGAAGCUCUAAAGUCUGUCAUCGACUAUCAGACUCAUUUCCGUUUGAGAGAAGCUCAAGGCCGAAGCCGAGCAGAGGAUCUAAAUACAAGAGUGGCCUAUUGGUCAGUCGGAGAAGCCCUCAUUCUUUUGGUGGUUAGCAUAGGGCAGGUAUUUCUUUUGAAAAGCUUUUUCUCAGAUAAAAGAACCACUACAACUCGUGUUGGAUCAUAACACGAGAAUUGACACACCAUUGCCACUGUAAUAUUGCUGUCUAAUUAAUUUUAGGUACUGAAGAACUUAAUAUUGACAACAUUUUUAAAAUCUUAUGCAUAUACUUGUUGGGAGGGAUGUACAAUGCAUAUCCCCAAACUGUGGAAAGGACACCUUUUUUAUUUGUAAAGGUAGAAAAAUUUUGGAACUUAUUUUGGGCUAUUCAUGUUAAAUAUUCAACACCAAUGAUCUACUCUUUUCUCAGUUGUUUAUAUCUACUCUUCACACACUUAAACUUUGGUAUUUUGAUUCCUUUUAACCAUUUAAAAGUACUUUUCUUAUAGCUAGUCAAUAUUUUAAAACCUUAGAUUUAAUGUCUACAUGUGUUAUGGAGGAAGAAAAUUGCCUUUUGAUUGUUUAUAGUAAAUAAAUUUUUGCUUUUAAGAAAACCAAAUGUGAUUAACUAUAGCCCACUCCCUAGUCCCCUAUUUUUUAUGGGGGGAAAAAAUCUAUAGGAUUAUUAGUUAAUAUUGAUAGAAUUUUUAAUUGAUACAUCGUGGUAUAAUUUAUUUUUCAGCUUAGAAAAUGUCAGAUUUUUGUUUUUUGGGUUUAUUUUAUGAUUUAUAACCAGCUGUGUAAUUUUUUCAUCAGGGCAUUCUUACUGCACAGAGAACAGUAUGUUUCAGUAGCAUAAUAGAAUUUACAUAGGCCUUAAAUAUCAGACUGUUAUAACAGGUAGAAUAGUUAUAGAAUAAUUUAAGACACUACAGCGGGAGCAAAUGAAAUGGGAAAACUUUAAUUGAGUUGGCUGCACUCAUUACAUUUUCAGUGCUUUUACAAAGAAAAAAGGUUAUCUGUUUAAUUUUAACAUUUUAAUUAGCUGGUUCUUGCCCCAUCAUUCCCAGCUUAAAUUGACAAUUAUAAUACUGGUAUCAUGUAAGUGCCAUGUAUUUUAUCCUGUUGGAUGUGAUACACUGAGAAGUUAGUUUCUUUGUUUUGUUAUUGUCUUGCACAUUUUAUUUUGGUAAUCUCUGGUUAGCAACCUUAAAAUAAUUUAACAAUUUAGAAUUCUGUGUGUUUCCUGUUUGGUAAUCUUCAUUGAUUGUAGUUUAAUGAGUAUUAAAUAGUGCAUAUACUCUCUAAUAUAGGGUUUAGACUGUGUUUGUAUCUUAUUAUAAUUUGUAUAGAUUGAGCUGAUUGAAAUAAGAUUUUGUUCCAGGAAUUCUAGAAUAGAAUACAGGAUGAUGCAAAAUUGUAUAGAUGUUUAAAGCUUUUCUGUUUAAAAAAAAAUUGCAACUGCUUUUCUGCCAUGCCUAUCUUCCCUACCCAAAGGUGAUGAUUCCUGAACAAGACUGUCUAUAUAUUAUAGAGACUUUGAUAUGUGAUACCAUAGAAUGCCUAUUAGAUAGCAAUUCUAGUCACUUACCAUUACAGACUAGACGUUAACUCUUAAUUUUAUGCUGUCUUAAAAUGCAUAUGUACACUUCUUGCGUGUAAGGGCAAACAAAUUCAUGUUGUUAUCAUGCUUGCUAAUUUCAGAUGCCACAGUGUAGCAAGGAGUAAACAUGUUUUCAACUCUUUAAUUUUAAGAUUUUUGGAGAGCAAAUAGCUAAUCCUAAAACAACAUUUAUCAAUAAGAAGUAAAGUUUAAGAUUUUGCAGAUUUAUCUAUUUAGGUUCUUGUAUUGAAGUUGUCCUGCAGCCUUACAAGUGUCCCUUCAUAUUUAGAUUUGAAAGUUUUAAGCACUAAUGUUAAUGGUGUUGAUAAACAUGAACGUAUGUAAAAUGUCCUUUUUUGGUUGCCCAUCUACAUUAUUCUGUUAGAUAACUUAUACUGUAAUUAAACAAAGUCAGGUAUAGAUCUUGCCAAGUUUGGCAUAGAUAGUGCACUCAUUUAAUCUGUACCUCUCAAAACUUCAUGAUAUUAGACUAUUACCACAAAUAAUAUUUGAGAAAAGUACUGAAAUACAUUAAAAUUUUUUAAAUCACCACUGUUACCUAUUGUAGAAAAUAGUGUGGGCUUAGUCUAGUUUCUAUGUAAACUGGUUAAAUUUUGAUGGCUGUCUAUACUCAACUUGAUAUAUGUAUAUAAAUUAGAAAAUACAUAUCUCUUCAAACAUUAAUGUUAAGUAACAUUUUCUUCCUCCUCCUAAUACAUAAAUUGUAGCUCAUCAUUUUUCCUUAAUUCUUUUGUGACUUGUUGCAGCAAUUUGAAUUUCCCAAAUAUUUAUGUUUGGACAUAAUGGCUCAGAAUACAUAUUUGAACAUCAUAGUUGUAUAUAUUUUUAAAGUAGAAUAAAUAAUGGAAAGUGACUUGAUAUACAAGUUUAUACUAAAAUUUCAACUGUGUGAAGAUACAUUUUAAGAUAUUACUUUGCUAAUAAUCUGAAUAUUCUUUUUUCUAUUAAAGCAGCAAAUGGUUUGUGGUUCACAACUUUCAUCCAGGCUUGAUGAUAAUCAACUCUGAAAAUAUAGUGGACUGAAAAAGUUUUAUUCUUUGAAAGAUUUCAUUUAAAUCUCUGUACUAUCCAUUUUUGUUUCAGUUUGUAAAUGUGUAACAUUUAUAGUUAAAUAGGACAAAGCAGGCCCUAUGACUAUUGUUUUCAAAAAUUAAACAAAUUAAUAUGUAAAUAAUUCAAAAGCAUUUUUCAUUUGAAAAGAAAAAAUUUCUCUAACAGGAUUGCACCAAUCAAUUUCUUGUAGAAUAAAAAAAAUCUUUCAACAAACUGA